AUGAUCUGCCGCACUCAGGUGGAGACGUCCAUCGGUGAACUGCUGGGCUCGUACUAUCUCAAGGAAGUGUGGACGGACAAGACCGCCGCGGAGGCUAACUUGCUCGUGUUGAAGCUGAAAGCGGCCUUCAUGACCGGGCUAGAAAGCGCGGAAUGGCUCGAUGACGCAACUCGGGCCAACGCACAGGACAAGUUGUCCAAGCUCACCCACCUCGUGGGGGGGCCUAAGAACCCCAAAACGUACCCCACCUUGACGUUUGACCCCAAGGCAUACAUUGCCAACCUGAACAAGGUGUCUGCGUUCGACACUACUUUCAACCUAGCUCUUAUCGACACUGCCGUGGACAAGCAUCUUUGGAACAAACUUGCGCAAUCCAUGAAUGCGGUCUACCAGCCUUCGAAGAACAGAAUCGUGUUUACCGCCGCCUUCUUGCAACCCCCCUUCUUCGAUGCCAAGGCGGACCCAUACGACGGCAACGGCAAAAAGAAACCAUGGUGGACGGAAACCACGGCGAAAAUAUUCCGCGAAAAGGCCGAGUGCUUCGUCGACCAGUAUAGGUCCAUGGACGUCAAAAGCGAGCUCACGGGGGAUUUGCUCGGCAAGUUGGACGGAAGAAGGACAAGGGGGGAAACCAUCGCUGACAAUGGGGGCCUCAACACUGUGUACCGAGCGUACCGGGACUUCGUGAACGCCGAGGUCGAAGCCACCAAGUACACCAAGGAAGCAGGCGAAAAGAUGUUUUGGAUCAGAUACGCCCAAUCGUGGUGCGAAAAGAACAGCGAUGCGCGCCUCCAGUUUCUGCUCACCGACGCAUACAUUGCCAACCUGAACAAGGUGUCUGCGUUCGACACUACUUUCAACCUAGCUCUUAUCGACACUGCCGUGGACAAGCAUCUUUGGAACAAACUUGCGCAAUCCAUGAAUGCGGUCUACCAGCCUUCGAAGAACAGAAUCGUGAUUCCCGCCGCCUACUUGCAACCCCCGUUCUUCGAUGCCAAGGCGGACCCAAGAUACGACGGCAACGGCAAAAAGAAACCAUGGUGGACGGAAACCGCGGCGAAAAUAUUCCGCGAAAAGGCCGAGUGCUUCGUCGACCAGUAUAGGUCCAUGGACGUCAAAAGCGAGCUCACGGGGGAUUUGCUCGGCAAGUUGGACGGAAGAAGGACAAGGGGGGAAACCAUCGCUGACAAUGGGGGCCUCAACACUGUGUACCGAGCGUACCGGGACUUCGUGAACGCCGAGGUCGAAGCCACCAAGUACACCAAGGAAGCAGGCGAAAAGAUGUUUUGGAUCAGAUACGCCCAAUCGUGGUGCGAAAAGAACAGCGAUGCGCGCCUCCAGUUUCUGCUCACCGACGUACACCCCCCUAAUCGCCACCGCUUGAUCGGGUCGGUUCAAAACUCGGUCGAUUUUGCCAAGGCGUUCAACUGCCCUGUGGACUCGCCCAUGAACCCGACCAAGAAGUGUGUUAUGUGGUAA